AUGGCAAUCCCAACAGACAGAGCCAACACAAUCGGGUUCAUUGGCCUGGGUGCCAUGGGAAACCACAUGCUUCAUAAUCUCGUGAAAAGAUACACGCCUCCUGGAGAUGGCGGCCAGACCACAUUCGCCCUGUGCGACGUGGACGAGGCCGCGGUAGAUGGUGUCAUCGAGCGACACAGCUUGGAGAGUCCUAAUAUUCCUUUCAUCAAGUGUCCCUCGCCAUAUGAAGUAGCCAAGCAAGCGUCAAUGAUCAUCAGCAUGGUGCCAACAGGCAGGCACGUGCGGGAUGUAUACGUUGACGGAGAGAAGAGUGUUUUGAGCGCUCUCCAGACACUCAGCAAGGACCAACGCUCGGCGACCCUUUGCAUGGACCAAUCCACCAUCGAGCAGAGCGUCAGCGGGGCUGUUGCCCUGGAGCUCAGAAAAGCUGGUGCAGACAUGCUGGACGCCCCAGUGUCAGGAGGUGUUGUCGGAGCGGAGAACGGCACCCUCGCUAUCAUGGUUGGAGGCGACAAGGCUUCCUUCAACCGCUCGGUCCCGGUUUUGCAGUCCAUGGCUCGCAAGGUCACUUACUGUGGUGAUCUCGGGGCUGGACUUGCGGCGAAGAUCUCUAAUAACCUUCUACUUGGAAUCACUAUGCUUGGUCUAAGCGAGGCAAUGCUUCUGGGUAAGAGGCUUGGAGUGGACCCGCAGGUGCUUGCAGAUAUUAUUAACAGUUCCACCGGCCGUUGCUGGUCCAGUGAGAUCAACCAUCCUGUUCCUGAAGUAAAGGUCGGAGAAUCCAGCCCUCCAGCCCACCGCGGCUAUGAAGGUGGCUUCGUUACCAAGCUGGCCCAUAAGGAUCUCGCCCUAGCAGUCAAGGCCGCUGAGCAGGCCGGCGUCCCUCUCAACGUUGGACAAUGCGUAGAGAAGACUUACAGGCCAUUGGCGGCAACUAAGGAGUUUGGCGGCCGAGACUUCAGUGUGAUAUAUGAGGCUCUCGACGCUCUGAAGUCUUCAGCAGGAAAGCCCAAGCUGUAG